AUGAUACCACUUCAAUUUUAUCCUACUCAAGUUUUCAAUGAGACAAAACAUAUAGUAGAUGUGGUAGCUAAGGCAUAUCUUGAAAAAGCGACUGGCAAUGUACAUCAUCUGGUUCCGGUCGAAGUCAUUGCUGAUGGAAAUUGUUUAUACAAUUCUAUUGUUCUUCUGAUGAAUGAUCCAUCAGUAACAACGAGUGAAUUACGAGUUCGUACAAUUAUUGAACUUGUAAAAAAUGAAAAUUAUUAUCAAAAUAUAUAUUCACAAUACGUCGGACCUAUCGAUAUAGCUAUCAAAGCUAUGUGCAAAAAUUAUACGUAUUCUGAACUAUACGAAAUAGUCGCACUCUGUAAUGUACUUCAAUGUAACAUACAAAGUGUUUAUCCAAAAAUUGAUUUUCAACAUUAUAUGGCAAUUUUCAAUAACGUUUUUAAACCUGUUUCACCAAUUAUUGCUAAUUGUAACAUUGCAAGUUUAUGGUCACACGCCUUGAAUGAAAAAGACGCACGAGAGACGAAUAAUGGCACAUGGAGUCCGAAUCAUUUUGUUCCACUUAUGUCGCCAUCUAUUCGUAAUGAAUUUACCAACAUUAAUCAAUCAACACUAAUUGUUGUGACUCCUGAAAAGAGAACGUAUAAAAAUAAAGCUGUUACUCAAAUAAGAAUUCCUGAGUUUCAAUCUUCUCCUAGUAAACGCUUACGAAGUGAAGAAAACAUCGAAAAUGACACCACUCAACCAAUUACUUCAAGCUCAAUACAGAAGAAAACGAAUGACAAAGAAGAAAAACGUCAACUUCUACUUGAAAAGAAAAGACAACGCAGUCGAUCUAGUCGUAUGAACGAAACAGAAGAACAACGUCAAAUUCGACUUCAGAAAAAAAGAGAACAAACUCGAUCCAGUCGAAUGAAUGAACCAGAAGAGCAACGUCAGAAUCGACUGCAAAAAUUAAAAGAACGAAAUAUAUCCAGUCGAGCAAAUGAAACAGCGGAACAACGUCAGACUCGACUUCAAAAACUAAAAGAACGAAGUACAUCUAGUCGAGCAAAUGAAACAGAAGAGCAACGUCAGAAUCGACUUGAAACCCUCAAUGAACGAAAUAAAUCCAGUCGAGCAAAUGAAACUGAAGAACAACGUCAGAUUUGA